AUGAGACGGAUACUAGAGGAUAGGCUCAUGAGGUAUUUGAAGGAAGUAGGAUAUGAGGCUGUUGAAAGAAAGGCAUUGGAGGUUUACAUGGCCUCUCUUGAGGCCUAUAUGCUUGAGCAUCUAAAGGGCGUUGUAUCUGUUUCCAGGCAUGGAUUAAAGUCUCAUUCGACCUUGUUAGAUGUCUUAUGGUUUAUAGAGGGGAAAAAGCUUGAGCUUCCGCCUUUUGAGAGAAUAGAAUACGAGGAAGAGGAGGUUGUGAGGGAGGAGAAGUUUGUUAGUCCUCUGUCAUCGAGCAUUGAGAAGUACAUCCAUAUAUACGACUUCAUGCCGAGCUUUCCGCCCACACAUGCAUUUAGACAGACGAUUGUCAAAGGAGGAAGCAAGGGCAGCAAGUCUAUGAAUGUGAAGAACAGACUAGAGCAGAGCCUGAGGACUGAGGGGAAUCUAUUGAAGCUGAUCCGGGCCUCUGGAUCCCUUCCACCGUUUGUCAACUUCCUGUAUAAGAAUGAGUGA